AUAGUGUUAACAUAAAUAAUGAAAUUACAACGUGAGUUAUAUAUAGAAUACAUUAAAGAAGUUUGAUCGGGUUGUAACCACUUUUCUAACCUAAAUUCCGUGAAGCAACAAGAUACUGAAAAGCUAACAGACGGAGAUCGAAACAUCAGCUUUCUACUACUCCGCAUGUUUCUUCAAGAAUUCAAUUGAAUUUGAAAAUAGAUAAUCAAUUGGAAUAUAAUGCUGUCAACGUUAUAGUUGAUAUUGCUUUUCGAGAAGACGAAGGCCGUCGCUCUGUGACAUCUUAUCAGUAAUUUGAUUUAAUUAGCCUGUAGUUAAACCCAACCCAAAGAUGGCCACCAUAUUAAACUGGUACACAGACCUCAUGGACAAUAAAGGAGAUCCUCGCGUGAAAGACUGGCCGAUGACGUCAUCGCCGCUCCCCACGCUAGCUAUAUGCGUGACGUACGCGUACUGCGCCCGUAUACUAGGGCCGCAGCUGAUGGCCAACCGUAAACCCUUCGAGUUAAGGAAUAUCCUUAUCUUUUACAAUCUAGCGCAAACACUUUUCAGUGCUUGGAUAUUUUAUGAAUAUUUAAUGAGUGGAUGGUGGGGUCAAUACAAUUUCACAUGCCAGCUUGUCGACUAUUCUCGAAGUCCAAUGGCAAUGAGAAUGGCGAACACCUGUUGGUGGUACUACUUCAGCAAGUUCACGGAGUUCUUCGACACUCUGUUCUUCGUACUGCGCAAGAAGAACGAGCACGUCUCCACUCUCCACGUCAUCCACCACGGCAUCAUGCCCAUGUCAGUGUGGUUCGGGCUCAAAUUUGCUCCUGGUGGUCAUAGCACUUUCUUCGCUCUGUUGAAUACUUUCGUCCACAUAGUUAUGUACUUCUACUAUAUGGUAGCUGCAAUGGGACCUAAGUACCAGAAAUAUAUUUGGUGGAAGAAAUAUCUCACUGCCUUCCAGAUGGUGCAGUUCGUGCUGAUAUUCAGCCACCAGCUGCAGGUGUUGUUCCGGCCGUCGUGCCAGUACCCUCGCGUGUUCGUCUACUGGAUCGCGAUGCACGGCUUCCUGUUCCUGUUCCUCUUCAGCGACUUCUAUAAAGCGCGCUAUAACAACAAGGCCGACAGGAAAGCAAAGUACAACAACGGACUGUGCAUGACGGUGAUGGACGAAGGCAGCGUGCUAAGCGGUCAACACGGGUACAAACAGGAAGCAGGCUCAGAACUGCCCAGUUCAUACGCUUCCUCCGCUGCCGACGCGUUCGUACGCAAACGGCCCGUCUCAUAGUCCCAUAAACAAUGGCAAACUAGACCAAAACCACACACAAAUUAACUUGCGUAGUAAACACGAUGCAAAAUAGGGCUGAUGACGGGGAACGUAAACGAAAUUCUAUUUAGUCCGUCAGUUAGAUUAUCAAAAAAAUAUUGACACUUAUUUUGUUUUGUUAAUCUCCCAAAAAUUUCUUAGAUAAAGCGCGUCAAAGUUCUGAAGUGGGGGCUCGUCGCUUCUAUAUAAAAAUUGUACCAUUGCCCGACGUCCUGCGACAUUUCAAAUCAAUAUAACUCUGUAAUGUUUUGAUUAGGUAUGCGAAUAAAGAAAAAAAUCUAUUCCAAUACUUUUUGAUAAUCUUUCUGAUAGACGAAAAAAAAACAGUACUCGUCAUCCCUAUUGCUACUGCGAGUCUGCGCCCUUGUCCACGGUUUAUGCUCAAAGUGUGUACCAUUAAACCUUCUCCAAUCUCACACUCGGAGAUUCCGGACACUCGGACCGGAAAAAGCUGUUACAGGAAGGAACGCAAGACCUUUUGCAUCGUAUGAAAAGGUUCCAAAUAUAUCGGAUAGAAAAAAAAGCACCGCCUGAACUGUUCAUUACUGAUUGUAUGAAAUCUUUAUUGCCUAUUAUUCGUAACGCCUCGACGUGAUAGGCGACAUGGCAAUGAUACGUUUCGAUCCGAUAUGUGAGCAUUAUUGAUCUAAAAUCGUAGUUUCGUGUGGCGGCCCCGACGCUAAUGAGACGGUCAAUUUCACUAUGACAACUGAUCGAAUAUAUUCGCAAGCACGCGAAAAAGACACUAAAUUGCUGUAUGUAGCUUAAAUAAUACGGUAUUGACAACUUCAGUUCAAGUUAUCAAAGUGGAAUAGACUCAACGCCGCAACGAAACGCGGCGUGGACAUAGAGGUAUAAGAAUAGAGUAGGGGAGAUAUAGACUCUACUACAAGUGGAAGUGUACCUCUAAUAUAAAGAGAAAGAAGAUGAGAGACCGCUAGCUUUCUCUCUUUAAUCGCACAUGCGCAUUGGUAACCGUAAGCAUCUUACUAUUUCGAUGUGAUGUCAUUGGAUGCCAUGCGUCACAAGAGAGAGAGAUAGCUAGCGGUCUCUCAUCUUCUUUCUCUUUCUACUAGACGGACACUUUUAGAGCCGCCUUCCCCACUCUAUUCUUAUACCUCUAUGGGUGUGGAUGCUUAUCCAGGAGCGUGCCUUAAUUCUUGCAUUCCAGUUGAGGAAUAUUUGAAAAGUGUCUCUUCACUAUGGCAGCCCGCACUCAAAUAUGGCUGUUUUGGCACCGUCUAAUGUUUCUAUUUUAAGAACUCUUAUAAAUAGAGAUUGAAUAAUCGGAUGCAUAUUUACCUGAAGAUGUUGAGAUGUUGGCUAUUUAUGGAAAACACUUUUAUUUCGGAAAUAAUCCCGCAUUUCCGGGAAAUUCAAAUUUGAGUGUAUACUACGUGAGAUCUAUUAAACCCAGUUUAAAACAAAUCACAGUUGCCCUGGUUGUAUAACAUAAAAAUAUUGUGUAAAAUGUCCUUAAUGAAUAAAUAAAUUUGUGUUCGUUUCUUAAUAGGUUUUCACGCACACCACUCGUUAAAUAAAACAAGUUUCAACGGAAUAGAUUGAAACUUGUUUUAUUUAAAUAUGUAUUCAUUUAUGUUUUCUUAUUAACCACACCACCAUUUCUCUUACACCUUGCAUACACACAUACUGGAAUGGGAAAUUAAAAUUUAACUAAAAGAUAGUAUGCGUUCCCGGAAUCCCGGGAUUUUAUUUUAACAAAAAUCUCCUCCGGUUAUGCGAUCUCUACUUAUAACGCUAAUGUGUCAUUUGUUGCACAAAAUCACUUGCGUGUUAAAUAUCUGAGCGCUUCGACAUUUCAAGUACAAAUAUUAUAAAAAAAUAUGAAGGCACUUCGCUUGGCUGUUCGUCUUUGCUAUUUGUAAACUUGACAUCAGUCUGCCCUUUUCAUUCCUUGUAAAGCAUGAAAAAGACAGACUGUUGUCAUGUUUACAAAUAGCAAAUACGAAGAGCCAAGUGAAGUGCCAGCAUUAUAUCUGGUAUUUUUAGACCCGAAUAGCAUUUUGACGCAUGUUCCUGUGUUAGUAAUUUUAUGUUAGUAAUUCAAAUAUGAAAAUCUCUGCGCGCUGGAUUCGUUUGUUUAUCACAAAAAUAGUAAUUUUGUUAGGUGAAGUGAGAUGGGCAUUUUCUAUGUGUAUAUUUUUUACUAUAAAUGAAUUAGGUGUUAAUUAAAUCAUGUAAUUUAGGCAUCUAUGGAGGUUGGCGGAUUAUUUGUAAAUAAAAUUUUGUUACAAAGUUGCUGAUUUUAAGUAAUAUAAAUAUAAGUCAUGUUACCAAGUCUAUACGGCCAUGCGGUUUGCUAACUAUAUUUUUUUUAUUGGUUUCUUUGCAUUUAGCUCAAGUAUUUUUUAUACUUUCUUAUAUUUAUAUCAACAAAGUAUUGGUUUUUAUACAAUACAACAAUUUGAACAAAUACAGAAUACUGGUUUUUAUAUCCCUUUUUUAUGUGUGGAUAUUUGAAACAUUUACAAUGUUACUGUUUUCAAACUUGAUUCUGAUGUAAUGUUUGAACUGAUUGUAAAAAAAUAGCAUAUUUUUUAUUCAUAUUGUAAAGAUGUGACAUGACAGUGUGAAAGUUUGCUUACUACAUAGGGUUAGGAUCUUUUCAACCGGUGACUCUAAACUUUACACAUAUUUAUUUUCUGAAAUAAACAUAGUUGUAAGCUAAUUAUAUACCUCUUGUUGCUAAUUAUACACAAUAUUCGUUUUAAAGAAUUAUACAAUGUAAUAAAUAGUAUUAUUGCAUCAGUCGUAAAAAAGUAUUUCCUGUAGCAAAAUAUUUGAACAUCAAAGUCAUUCUAUCAAAUUUGUAUAAUAUAAUUCUGUUUUUCCUGCUCAGAAAAAUGUGUAUGCAUGAGAUUUUUUUUUAAAUAGAAUAUAAUUUGAAUCAAUGUUAUUAAUUAAAAAAAAACACAUCACCGAUUGAAAGGAUCAUUAAUGAAAAAGUAGGACCUCGGACCAUAAUAUGAAUUCAUAACACGAUGCAAAUAUAGUUGUAGAAACGAGACACCGCUCUGCUUAUGAAUAGCGAUGUCUCGCUCUAACAGUCGUACCUAAUAUUGCAUCGCGGUUACAGUUAAUAAUUAUGGCCACUUGAAAGUAGUGAGUUACGAGCUUCCUGUUAAUUUUCCAUCAAUGUAAUAAAAUUUAUUGUUACAUUGACUAUUUAAUUCAUUGUCGAACACAAAAUAAUAUGUUACUUGGAAAUGUGAAUAUUGGAAUUUGUUUAGUUGAUUAGGCUCAGUAUCUGAGUCUAAUCAGCAGUAAGGCACUUCGUACACUAAACUAACUUAAUUCCGGCAAGUGGCGUCAACGACUACAUUAUAAGUUAUAAAGGUUUUGUGAAGACUCGUUAAUUCCAUUACUACGAAGACUGGAGCUCACAAUGUAAAACUCAAAUGCCUAAAUAUUGAGAUUAUUACUACUAAAACAUUUAAUCUGCUACCUUAUCAGCCAGUUAUAGUUAAAUGGCCAAUGCGUCCACUUGUCGCAGUCGUAGUCAUCUUGUGCGCGAAGUUCCUUAGGACCGCAUUCAUAGAGGUCAAUUAAAUUUAUGCUUCAUAAGUCUCAUGUUGUUUUACGGCCGUACUUAAAGACCUGAUAUAAAUUUCAUUUAAAGUGUUCACGUGUUGUCUUACUCUUUAGUUAUAGCUAAGAAGGAAAUCAAAACUUUAAUCACCUUUAAAACUUAAUUCAUAUUUGUGAAUACGGCCGUUAAUCUAUAAUUUUAAUUAAACUUCUAAAUCGAUUGACGUCUCUGAAUGCAGUUGGUAGAAUGUUAUGUUAUUAUUAUCACCGUAUUGAUGCUUUAAAUGUUGUGCAAGCGUGAUGAGUUGGUGGCUUUCAAAGCGGCACGCCGCUUUAUGCAGAUAUGCUCAAGUAUUGCUGCGUAAUUCACUCUUGCAUCAUUAUUUAUUAUUUUAAUAAAGGAUUUUACAAUAUUUACGUGUUUCACUCUAUAUUUUGUUGAAGAAAUGCUGCAUUUCGAAAUUAUUAACCUUGAACGAAAUGUAAGAUCAUUCCUCACCUCAUAAAAAGC